AUGAAAUUCAGUGUUCUCGGCACAGCCUUUCUGGCAGCAUUUGUGCCACAUGCUCAAGCCGACUUUGAUGUCUUCAUGAUCGAACGGAAAUUUUCGGGAGGGGCUCCCGACAAGCAAUGGCAAGUCUGGGAUCUCAAUGAUCGAAUCACUUGCACCGGAGUUUUUGAACGUAAAGCUUUCGACACCUUGGCGGACGUAAGCAGAUCCACUGGCGUUCGUUGCAAGGGAGCAUGCGAUUCCGUGGGCCCUACGCGAGACAUCGAGCAGCUUGAGAUGAAUUUGCGCAAAAAAGACCCGGCAUAUCACUGGACUAUCUACAAAAACCGUAACUACGGGAUGUAUAGUCUUAAUGGAACAAAACUCGGAGAUUGCUCUAUUACUACAAGUAAUAAUGACUAUCAUUGCGAACAUCAGAUUUUCCUCGGACUGGUUAAAGAAACUGUUCAUGGGUACAACAGAUUCUACUGCAAGUCACAAUUCACAGCCAGAGAGAUUCUUAACCUCUAA